AACAAAGGUCAACAAAGGCGGAAGUAGACAAUGCAAUGGAGUAAUGAGAAGAAUGCAGAUUUCUUUGUAAAAUUAGUGAAUUACUAUUGGUGCUACGAUUUCAUUAAUGCAUUAUGCAGUUAUACUGACAAUAGUUCCAUCAUGGCGCUUGUGACGGUGCAGAGGUCACCGAGUCCCAGUGCUAGUGCUGAGACGGAAGAACAAGAUGUUCUCGACACAAGUGAUAGCAACUUGAAAUCUCCACGUCAGAGGAGACGACGCUCUAAGUCAGCUUUGAAAAAGCUCAAGAAGCUUUUCAACACUGUUAGAUUUGUAACAAAGUUAAAACCAUGUUUCAGUGAGAGUUAUUUCACAGUGAAAGGUGCAGCCCUUAUUCUACCCCAAAGUGAUGAAACUGCAUAUACUCGCAAAGUAACUAAAAGCCAUGCAGGAGAUGACAUACAGAGUCAUUUACAAGCUAUGUUCAGUGUGCUUAGACCACAGGAUACCAUUAAAGUGGCGGUGAAGCUUGAAGGGACUCACACUCGGUACCUGGUUGUUGUAUCUUGUAUAGGUCGACAGGACACCGAGGAGUCGGUCAUACUGGGUAUGGACCUGAUGGAUAAGGCAACCAUUGGUCUCAUUCUCCCUGUCUGGUCUCACAUGCAUAUCCAGUUGGAUGGUGAUGGGGGUUUUUCUAUCCAAUCUGACCAAAACAUACAUAUCUUCAAACCAGUAUCAGUCCAGGCUAUGUGGUCAGCAUUGCAGAGUUUAAAUAAAGUUGUUAAGAUAGCUAAAGAUAGACUAUACAUUCCACGAGGUCUCACACAUACCUGGAUCGGUUAUUAUGAGGCCAAACUUACAAUAGAAGGAGUCCUGGUUUCAGAGUGGAAUGCUACUGCUGACAUUGAUAGAUCUUACAGAACAGACAAAAAUAUUGUAGCAGAGGUCACAGGGCGUGGAGUUAGACGUACAAUGUCUACGCCUGUAGGUAGAUCCAUGUCACUAGAAUCUUCCUUCGAAUCUUCAGGGGAAGAUGACAUAUAUAAGAGGAUACGACUGGAACUAAAAAAUGUGAUGAUGACUGUAGAUCUAGAGGAAGUCACAUGCUUGUUUUUGAGGAGGUCUAUAGAAGAGAAGCUGGGUAUGGAUCUAAAGAAGUAUAAAAGUUUUAUAGAUACAGAAAUGAUGGAGAUUCUAGGUCAGAUGGACAAACCUUCUAAAAUACUUGAUCAUCUCUACCUCGGCUCCGAGUGGAAUGCUUCUAAUCUAGACGAACUACAGGCAAAUGGGGUUCACCAUAUAUUGAACAUCAGUAGAGAGAUAGAUAAUUUUUAUCCUGGCGUGUUACACUACAUGAAUGUACGAGAGUGGGAUGUUGAUCAGUCUGACCUGAUGAAAUAUUGGGAAGAUACUCAUAAAUACAUUAACAAAGCCAGGAGGAGAGGAAGUAAGACUCUUGUACACUGUAAGAUGGGAAUAAGUAGAUCAGCCUCCACUGUGAUAGCAUACCUUAUGAAGGAAAACAAAUGGUCUCUAUCUAAAGCGCAUGAUUACACUAAGUCUAAACGUAACAUUAUCAAUCCUAACCCAGGCUUCAUGAAACAGUUAGAAAUGUACGAGGGAAUACUUAACGCAAAUUGGAACAGAGAAUUUUUCAACCGUCAAGCACCUGUAAAACCUCUGAGUCCAACAGAUGAAAUGGAGGAGAUGACAGGCAGUUACUCUAAUCCGGAGGAUUUCUUAGUUCUCAAGACGGGUAAAGCCUCCAGUGAUCCCGGUGAAUCACCCUUUAUAAAUUUAGAACAAGAUAUUGAACUUGCCUCAAGAAGUGCUGACUCCACAGAAGACUCAUUACCAGACCAGCUCUCACCUGAAACUGCUGACAAGACCGGGAACAAGAAAUUUAAAUACUCCAAAUCUGAAGGUGAUCAGGCAGAAAGUGGGGACUACCUCAGUGCAAGUAGUACAGAAUCCGAAUACACCUGUAGUGAUGAUCUAAGCUCAGAUGAUGAAGAUGAAGAGGGAGGUAAAGAGAAAGAGAAAGCAACAGAGAUAGAAAAUAGAGGUUUUGUACCAAUAAAUAUCCCAGAUAUUCAUACUGAAUCUGUCCAAGAAAGGAAAAGAUUGGGGAAAGUUGAAGGUAGGAGAUGUAGAUCAGAAAGUGAUAAAAAUCUUCUUGUUUUGGAGGAGAUGUCUAGAGAAGGAUCUACAUCUAAGUUUAAACCAGAUGGCAGCUGGAUUAAACCAGCAUCAGAAAGUGAAUCUGAUCUAAACAACAAAGUUGAAAAUGAUUUUGAUGCUGAAUCAGAUGUAGGUACUGAUAAAACAGAUGAUGGGGAAGGACUUUGGAUGGGUGCUAAACCAAAAAGUGAGAUUAAUGAGAAAAUAGAAGUUAGCACUGCAGAAGAACAUGAAGCUAUAACUGAUACUCAAAACAAAACUGAAUGUGAACUGAUCAUUUGUGAGGAUAGUAGUGAUCCUUAUGUAAGAGAAAAUAUUCCAUGGAAUCCAGGAAAGGUUCAGCAACAAAAGAAAGAUAUAGAGGAUAAAUUUGGUGCUUCUGUACUCAAGAAAAGAGAAUCUGUAGAAAGUACUGAUGACAAAACACAGAUAGUGAAAAAAUCUGAAACUGCUCUUGAAAGUGAAAGCAAGGCUAUAACUGAAGUAGGAACAGAGAGAGAAUUAAAGGAUUAUUCCAAAACUAUGUCUGCAGGUAAUUCGGAGGAAUGUACAUCAAAGUUGGAUCAGUCUGUUUCUGUAGAUGAUGUACAAAAUGAUAAGGUAUCACCAGAAAUGAAGAAGUCAGUGUAUGAGGAAGAAGAAAUAAAUCUCCCAGAGGGACUUGUAAGAAAAACAACUAUGGAAAUAGAGGAACGAAACAGAAUUACAUUAGACAUUCCAGGUAAAAGUCUGAAAAGGUCUUCGAGUUUAAAAUCAACAAGAGUAACACCAAAGUCAAAAGAUCGUGACAAUGAGCGCAGAAAAACCUGCAUAGCUCUUAUGUCCCCCACCCACCCUGAUUACAUUGAUAAAGAUCAAAAUAGUCCUGAGUCAUAUGACACAGGAAGUGAUCAGGAUGAGGCUUGUACUGAUGUUAAUAAAGCUUCUGGUAACACAGAGGAGGAAAUUGAAAACCAAACUGGUUCUGUCAAAGUUUAUAAAUUUAUGGGGGAAGAAUUGACUGUACAAGAAGGUCUGGUUCGCAAACAAACAAUGGAUAUUGAGAGUAAAUCACUGGAACCUGUAAUAAAGCAACAGAAAUCAGAUAAUUCAGUUGUUCAGGAAUCUUCUAGUACCUUAACACAAACUUCAGUAGACAAAUCAUCUGCUGGUGAUACUUCCAAUAUUAAAUAUGUAGAUAAAUCAACAAUAGAUGAAAACACAACUAAGAAAAAUGAAACAACUGUAAUAGUAAAUAAAUCCAGUGAAGCAUCUAGUAAAAAUGUAGAAAAAGCAAAUAUAACUCCAGAAAGAAAAAGUAUAUCUUCGUUUACUCCUAUAAAAAAACGCACUAGCACGGAAAGCAGGUUUGAUAAGGAAACCUUGGAAUUGAUUCGCGAGAUUGGAUCAGCGUUAUUGAAUAGUCCCGCAAAAUCUAAACUGGAAGAAAAUGAAAAUGAAGAUUUGAAAGAAGGUGAAAAUUUGGUCAGUCAUUAUGUUAAAAAGAUUGAAAAAAUGUCUGGUGUUUCUAAAAAGAAACAUUUAAGGGAGAUAAUAAUAAUAGACAAAAAUGAUGUCACAGUAGAAAAGAAAUCUCAUGGUAGUGCACAUGGGAAAUCUUGUGUUACGCAAAGUCCAUCAGACACAGAAAACAAACCAGUUAUUUCUAAAUGGAGUCCUUUAACUUCACAGGGUUCAAAAGAAAUUGAAGAACAUACAUUACAACAGCAUAAGUCAACAAAUCCAAUAUGGAGUCCAGUUGCCAAAAAACAAUCCUCCACACUUGCUGAGGGAAAAAUCUCACCAGAUUUCAAAAUCACUGGCAAAUCUGAUGUAAGUGCUACAAAAUGUAAAGACAGCCAUAUCAGUAAAUCAGAUAUGACCCUUAAGCUCAUAUCCUCUGUUUCUGCUGGGACAGAUUCAGACAAAUGUAAACAAUCUGAAAAAGAAGAAUCAGAAGUUUGUUCAGUUAAAAAACUAUUAGGAAAGUUUGAACAGCCAGAGCAGGUCUCUGGUCAAGUGACUCCAGUUUUUGGUUCCCCAAGCAUUUUAGGUACAAAUACUCACAUAUUUCAAGGUGCUAAAUCUGAUUCUUCAAACAGCAAUCCAAGAAUUUCACCUUCAACCAGCAGUUCACAUUCUUUUGUGUCAGAGGUCAAAAGUCAAGGACUCUCCCAUGCAGGGUCAAAAUCUCCAGUACAUCACAGACAGUCAGAACCAACUAUUCAUUUAUCAGAGAAGUCUAUGAUGCAAUUUGAAUCUAAAUUUAAAGAAAUAUGUCCAAGUUUAUAUGAUACAUCACCAGUAAAAGAGGAAAGUGACUCUGAGGAAAGUAACAUCAUGAAAGAUCAAGCUGAAGUUAAAACUGUACGACCUAAAUCUGCAAGUUAUGGACCAGCAUCUGGAAGGAAAGUGCGUCUUCGUCAAUCUCAAACUUUACCUGAAUCAGAGAUUGAACAACAAGGGUUUACCUGGGAAGGAAAGAAAGUAAGAAAACUAUAUGGAAAAACUCAUCCUCUAGCUAAAUUGGAAGGAAGAAAAUAUCCUGACACAACACGUAAUAGCCCUUUUUAUAAUACCAUGUAGACAAAAACUGUUUUAUUUCUCAUAUUACAUAUUUAAUGUUAUUACUACCAUUUAUAGAUUAAUCUAAUAAUCCUUGUUUAGGAUAAAAUGCUCAGUCAAGAAAAAACUUGUUAAUAUUUUGAUGUGUCUUGGACAUUUAAGGAUAUAGAGGAUAUUUGUUUAGUUCAGUGUAAGAUCAGAAUAUAUUUCACCGAGUGAGCACCAAAAGGUAUAUUUCACGAGUGGCGCAGCCACGAGUGAAAUAUGAACUUUUGGUGUUCACAAGGUGAAAUAUAUUUGAUCUUACACUAAACUAAACAAAUUUUCUUUUUAUUAUAUGCAGAGAAACGUUUUUAAAAAGACAUUAAACCUAAUACCGAAUGAAUAGCGCGCCAAAUAAUAAUAUAACGUGACGUCAUUUACGACGUCAUGUCAUUAAGUUGGUACCCAGUUCUGUGCACGCUGGUAUUUCACUGAAACAACGUAAGGGGCUUAAAUUCAAAACAGUGAAAUUAUCAAAGUGGUAAUUUCACUGUUUCAAACAGUGAAAUUACCAGUUUUAUGUCACUGAUAUUUUUCUAUAAACCACCGAAAAGCAUGUAAUAAAACAUUUUAAAUGUGCUAAUCAUUAUAGGUAAAUUGAAGAGAUUUUAAGAAACCGUUUGAAAUGAAUUUACCCUGCUUAUGGAACAAUCAAAAUUUAAAUGAUAUCAGAAUACAGGAGCUAUCACCAGUAUAGAGCCAGGUGAGACUGCACUAAUGUACAGGUUUGUUUGACUUUAUACCGGUGGUAAAGGUUCUAGCAGGUUCACGGUUAACCUCAGGUUGUUAAAUUAUUUCUUCCCAUUGACAAAGCAUUGGUGAAGUUUUUUAUUCAAGUCCAUUGAUUUUAAUACAAUUAAGGAUUAUUAAAAGCCUCGUACCAUCAUGACCAAAUUGGGGCAGAUGUGUUGAAUUAUGCCCCUAUUCAACUUUCUGUUAUGUCAUCCUCCAGAAAACUGGAUCAUGCUGGGAUGGACAGGUCUUGUUAUAUUAUAAAUUGUGAUACUCAAUUUAAAGUUUUAAUUAAUCCCUAUACAACUUAUUGUAAACAUUAUUUUUAUUCUUUAAUUAUAUGUCUUCAUUCCAUUUUGUUAUCAAGUGUAGUUCAACAUGUUAUUUCUAUAUAAAUUAGUGUAGAUAUAUGUACAUUGUUACUUUUAUCCUGCUACUGUGUCAAUUAGUAGCUAAUUGAUUAUAUGAUGUGUACUCUAUUGAAACUACUGCAAUAUUUCCUUGAUAGUAUGAAUAGUAUAUACUUAUAAUACUGAAUUGCAUGUACCAAACAAAACCAACACAACUUACCAACUGAACCAUAUUUCUUGCAUAGCAGACUGGCAUUUCCGUGAGUUUUAUCCAUGCCAGAAAUUUCAUCUGGCAUGGGGGGUGCCAGAUGAGUCGCGUGCCAAACAAAAACGUCAUUUUAGCGUAUUUUACAAAUGAACCGCGUUAAAAUGACGUCGUUUUAGAAGGGAAGUACAUUUUGUAUGUGCUUAGGAUGACGUCAAUUUGAUGUUGUUAUUUAAAUUGUAAGUUCAUACGCUAUUGUAAGAAAAUAGUUAUGGAUGAAAUGACUUUAAUUUCCAUGAACAUCUAUCAUAUUGUGGUAAACCAUUUUAAAUAUGAAAUAAUAUGGCAGAAUAUGCAAGAAAAAAUAUCUAACAUAUGUUUGCGGUUUGGAUCGGAAUAUCCUUCCCUCGGGAACACGCCCAAUGGGCGGGUCCCCUCGGGACGGAUAUUCCGGUCCAAACCACAACAUAUGACAGAUAUUAUUAGUACCAACAAGACCUGACAUAUCAACCACACCUGAUGUAAUAAUUAGUUCUGUUGUAUAAACCAGACCUGGUGUAUCAACCUGACUUGAUGUACCAACCACAUCAGAGGUAUAAACCAAACCUGACAUACCAAUUACACCUGACAUAUCAACUUGACCCGACAUACCAAAUAUGGUAGACCGUACAUACCAACUUAACCUGGCAUACCAAAUAAGGUAGACCUGACAUACCUAAUAUGGUAGACCUGACAUACCAAAUAUAGUAGAUCUGACAUACCAAGUAUGGUAGAUCUGACAUACCAAGUAUGGUAGAUCUGACAUACCAACUUAACCGGACAUACCAAAAAUGGUAGACCUGACAUACCAAAUAUAGUAGAUCUGACAUACCAACUUAACCUGAUAUACCAAAUAUGGUAGACCUGACAUACCUAAUAUGGUAGAUCUGACAUACCAACUUAACCUGAUAUACCAAAUAUGGUAGACCUGGCAUACCAAAUAUGGUAGACCUGGCAUACCAAGUAUGGUAGACCUGACAUACCUAAUAUGGUAGACCUGACAUACCAAGUAUGGUAGAUCUGACAUACCAAGUAUGGUAGAUCUGACAUACCAAGUAUGGUAGAUCUGACAUACCAACUUAACCUGACAUACCAAAUAUGGUAGACCUGACAUACCAAAUAUAGAAGAUCUGACAUACCAACUUAACCUGAGAUACCAAAUAUGGUAGACCUGACAUACCAAAUAUGGUAGACCUGACAUACCAAAUAUGGUAUACCUGAUAUACCAAGUAUGGUAGAUCUGACAUACCAAGUAUGGUAGAUCUGACAUACCAAGUAUGGUAGAUCUGACAUACCAACUUAACCUGAUAUACCAAAUAUGGUAGACCUGACAUACCAAAUAUGGUAGACCUGACAUACCAAAUAUGGUAUACCUGAUAUACCAAGUAUGGUAGACCUGACAUACCAAAUAUGGUAGAUCUGACAUACCAACUUAACCUGAUAUACCAAAUAUGGUAGACCUGACAUACCAAAUAUGGUAGACCUGACAUACCAAAUAUGGUAGACCUGACAUACCAAAUAUGGUAGACCUGACAUACCUAAUACGGUAGACCUGACAUACCAAAUAUGGUAUACCUGAUAUACCAAAUACGGUAGACCUGACAUAUCUAGUUUACCUGACGCCAGCUGUACCAACCACAUAUGAAAAAACCAACCACAUUAGUCAUAACAACCACACUUAACAUACCUACCAGAUUGAUGUAUCAGCCAGACCCAAUGUAACUACCAACCACACUUAAUGUAUCUACAUAAUUACCUCAUCAGAACCAAAGGUUCAGGGCGAGAUAUUAGUAUGAUGGGGGAUGCUCCAGCAUCUGUCUUCUUUCAUCAACAAUGCUCCUUUUCUCUAAUGCAACUUGCCAAAAUUAAUUCAAAUUUGGUGUGUUGCAUCCUUGUGACACUGACUGAACUUUACUCAUAUUUAACCAGUUGGCUUUCUUAAAUAAAUAUAAAAAAAAAACAUCAUGAACCAAUGGAUGGUCACCAAACAUUGUAGCAUCUUUAGAUGGUCCUCUUAUCAAGUUUGCUAAAUUAAAGUAGUUGACCCUUUUUAACGGCUGAAGAUGGAUACAUCUCUACUGCACCUACCGGUAACUUGGUCUGUAGCAUUUAUUAUUGAUGGAUAGCUUGUAUUGUGAAACUUCCUAUGCCAUGUCCUAAGCUUAAUUUUCUGAAAGUACUAGUUAGUAUUUUGAAAACAUUUUCAGAUACAAUGUACCAAUACAUGUAAAAGGAUAUAUACAGAACACUGCCAAGUGGUCUUUUUAUUUUUCUCUCUGUGCAUAAUGUUUUGAAAUUAUUAAGUUUAUUCCUCUGAAUACAUUUAAUAUAUCGAUAUAUAUAUUUUCAACACUAUUAGAAGAGUAACCCAGUUAAUAACAAAAUUUUUUUCCCCAUCUUGGUACAUGGUACAAGCUAACAGAACAAAAAGAAACCAACCAAAAACUUUUGAACAACUGCCUAUUAUAAAACAUAUAUAAAUAUAUACUUGUAUUUAUUCUGGUGAGUGAUGCUGGACCACCAUGGUCUCUUGUCUUGUUCUAGUUUUGUUUAAAUGUCAAUUUAAACAUUUGUGGGAACUGUAGAGAAAACUAUUAUCAAGUUAACUGAACAUGAUUAUUAAGCAUUUAUCACAAUUUUGUAUUCAAACUGUUAGUAUUUGUAGUCUAUUUAUAUACAUGUAUUACGUGUAGUCUUAUAAUAUACAUGUACUUCUACAUAAUAUCAAGUGGUUUUUAAGUGGGUUAUGCUUACAUGUUUGCAAUAUAUGUAGCUCAACCAUUUCGUGUAUCUUUAUGUUGACAUAUGUGUAAAUAGACCUUGCAUAUUCAUACACACGUGUAUUUUCAUUCUUGUAAUGUGAUUACAUGUUCAUUUUGAAACUUUUGUGUAGGAACAUUUUCAUUUGUGUAGUUCAACUUUUAAUGUUUAAACAUAGCUCAGUAUAUCAUAUGUUAAACGCAUUUAAUAAUGCCAUAGUCUUUCUAUAUUAUGUAAGUGUACACAUGAUUUGGUUACAAUUUCUUUCUUUGAACAAACUUAUUAUAAUGUUAAGAUACAUUGUAUAUUUUCUUUUCAAGUGAAAUUUUAUACAAGUUUUAUUUCUUAGUUCUUAGAAGUUUUAGACUUGAGGAAACAGACUCAAAAGUGAUUAAAUACAAGUUACAAGAAAUUAUUUUGCAAUCAAGCUCAAAUAAAUAUGGUUAAACUAAACACAGUCUAUUUGUACAUACCGUAUAAAACUGACAAGUCUGUGGUUUUGCUUAUAUUGACAUGAGUUUUUCCUUGCAUUAUGACUAGCAAUAAAUUAGAAAUUGUUCACUAUGUUUGGCAGUGUUAUUUUGCAAUUAAUUUAUUGUUGUAUUGCAUUUAGUUCGACUUAAAAAAAUUGUUGACUUGAUAUCAUUGAAAUGGGGAAAUUACAUACUGGUAGAAUGAUUUCAUUAAAAUGGGGAAAUUACAUACUGGUAGAAUGGAAUGUUACUAUGAUAAAUGGGGUAAAAAUGAUCUUGUUUCAAUCCUCCAGAGAUGGCAUUUCUUGUUUAACAUUGCUAACAAUUUUAGAGCAGUCAUUUACUCAUGUCUAAAUUAAACUGACAUAAGGCACUCUUGAUAACAAAUUAUUUCUUGGUAACAUUUUAUACAUGUGCAAUCUUUGUUGUUUGUUUUUUUCUCUUUUUCUCUCAUUGACAUUUUUAUAUGACUAAAUAAAAUUAUUUUAACACAAA